AGCCCUCUUUCUUCUUCCUCGUUAAGAAACACUUUUGACUCUGUCCAACACAGUACACUUCCUCAGGUAAAAAGUGCAGAAAUUUUGUUCGCAGAUUUCUGAGAAUUUCCUGGUACAAAACCCAGCUCUCUUCUUAGCCAAAAAAACCCAGCUCUCUUCUUCAUGCAUACAUGCAAGAGAGCUAAUUGGUGGGCGGAGGAAACGAAGUUUGCUUGGUCACUUCUUUCUUCCUUCAAAAACCCAACACACUGCACUUUACUGCAUUCAAUUUCCAACCCAGCUACAGAUUCUCACAUAGUUGACUGUACCAUUUUACUUCCUCUUUCUUUAAUCGCCCUUUAAACCCAGUUUCCUUCUCUGUUUUUUUCCUAGUUAAGAGCUUCAAUCAAAUGCUCUGAUGCCCAAUUUUCCAGAACACUUAUUUUUCAUGUGGGUUCCAAGUUCCUACCAAUUGCAAUUUCGUAGACAAGCAUAGCCGGCCAAAAAAACACCAAACCCAGCUGUGUUUUUGUAUUUCAGGUUUGAAAUGGCUAGCUGUUCAGAAGAAAUGGAUAAAGCCAUUGCAAAAUUGCAUCAAAACUUUCAGGACCUAAGGUACCACCUUGAGAAGGCAUUCUUAGAGCAGGGCAGAGCCUUGUUGAAAUUUGAAGCUCAAUGGAAUGAUCUUAAGAAAGAGCACAAGAAAGGUCUUGAGCAGCAUGAGGUCAACCUGCAGCAAAUGGGUAUCUCAGUGCCAUCAAUUGGGACAGGACACUUUGCUACUGCAAAUCCGAAUGCCGCCUUGUGGAGCAACUCCACUGCUUGGGCUUCUGGAAAUGGUACUCCGACUGCUUGGGCUUCUGGAAAUGGUACUCCGACUUCUCGGGCUUCUGGAAAUGGUACUCCAAAACUUCAUUGUGACAUAUGCAAUGUUUAUUGCGACACCAAGGAGGUACUUGAUAAGCAUAAAUUGGGAAAAAAACACAAGAUGAACAUGGAUAAGUUGAAAGGCAAAAAACCCAUCCCUGGACAAAAUAGUAAGAGGAAAGCUGCUUAUCAACCUGUAGAGGAUUUGGAAACUAAGAGAAGGAAGGUUCUUGAAAGUGGGGCAGCACCCCAUACUUUAAGGACUUGUGCUAUAUGUAAUGUGGUCUGUCUUAGUGAGACAGAUUUCAAUAAUCAUCGUGCGGGGCAGAGGCAUGCUGAUGCUGUUGUUGCUAUGGCAAAGAAGCAUGCAGCUGGAACUAGUAGCCACCACCAGCCGGAAAGGAGAUUUUAUGGUGGAAAUCAAUAACUUGCAGUACUGCAGUGAGGCUAUGAGCAUCUAUAUUGAUAUUAAACUCUGAAUAAUGUAUGUUUCUGUUCUUAUACCAACAAACAUUUGUUUAUGUACUCAUUUAACUAAUUGAUUGGAAGGUCUUGAAUGUCAACCCAUUGAAACAAAAACGCCAAAAGUUGUUCCUUGUGAUGAGCAAGAAAUUAUCAAGAUCAGAUUCCCUCUUGAAAAGAAAUUUUCACAAGGCAUCCAAAGCCCACUGCACUGAGAGGUUUUACUUUUUGGGGUUGUUAGAAUCCAAAGGUGUCUGUUCUGUAAAGCACAGAAGCAGAUGUUCGAAAAGAACUUAUUAGCCAAGCGAAAAUCAAAUACCCACAACCCCACCCAUGUGUUUGGUUAGUGCACAUUCACCGAUUGACCCAUUUGCCAUCAUAAAUCAUUAAAAUUACCAUUAUAUUUGUGGGGUUCAAAAAUCUUUAGCUUUUGUAAAUAUUUCAAGUAGUAAAUAAACAGGAAAUAUCUCAAAAUGCAAAAUUUAUUUUCCAAUAACAGCGAUGUUGGGGUAACGGAAAUCGAACUUAAAACCUUGAAUGCAGAGAUAAAUAGUCUAAAACACUUGAGCUACAAAUCCGUUUCAUCUUCAAAUCCAAUAUAAACCGUGUAAAGCUGGUUGAAUUAAGCCAAAACCCACUAACAAAAAGCCAAGUUCCAUUGAAACAAACCAAAUAUACUUUCCAAGUAAAUCAAAACAAAACAAGAAAAUAACAAAGUUACUACUAGAAAUACAUUUCUCAUGCAUAUAAAUCAUAAUAAUAUACUACAACUUUAGCUUUGCCAGUAUUUAUAGGGUGCGGGCUACAAAUUCUCUGCAGCCGCCUCAACCUCCUCUUCUACAAUUUCCUCACUUGGGUUUUUAAUUUAAUAAUUAAUUUCCCUUACACUUGUUACCCUGUCUUUUUACUUUUACCCUACUGCCCCUCCUCCACUGUCCACACACUCACAAAAUCACACCAACCCAAAAAGUCAAAGUUGUCCCCGAACCCCCUCCCCACUAAACACACUUUCACAUUCUCCAACACCCAGUCAAAAACAGCAUCUAGUAAAAACACCACAAUGGCGCCAAGAAAGGGUAAAAUUGGAAAAACAUAUAUUAUGGCGGG